GAGUCUAAUACACUAAAUCAAUCUCAAUAAUGUUGAAAUAGUAAAUACAACUAAAGCAAAACAGAUAAAGUGUUUUAUCAAUGAACUUCAGUGCUUAUUCAAUGGAUAUUUUGCCAUCUCAUCUUGAGUCCCUUCAGAUGUCUUCCAUUGACAGAUACUAAACUGGAACCACUCAUAGUACAAUCAUCAUCAUUAACAGCAACAAAAAAGAUCAACUCUAAAAAUAUAAAGACAAAAAGCGAAAGGUCAACAGAAAAUUUCCUCAAAAUUCAUUGCCAUUCAAUGGAACAAUCUUGGAGAAGAGUUCAAAUGGAUUAAUGCAAUUUGCAAAUGUAUUUGCAACCAAGGAACAGUGAAAGGUUUUUGUUUUGAAAUGCAAUUGAUUUAUGGAUUCAAAAUGUGAUCGUUUGCCACAACAUGAUUACUUGGAAACAAAAUUUUAUCCAAAAAAUACUUUCAUCAAACGAAUAGCAUUUCAUGCAAGUUUCCAAUUUUAAAGGAUAAAUCUUCUUCUUCAUUCUCAUCUUUUUUCCUUCAAACGUUUAUGCAUUUUGAAACAUUUACUUGUUUCACUUUUGUUUCAAUUGUUUUUCCACUCGAAACGAUUAUCAAUAUGAUUCCCCUGCAAAUGGAUUAAAACAAGUUGCUUCAAGUGAUGCACUUGCACAGUCCAACAACAGCCUCUGUUUUUUCAGUGAAAAAAACAAAAUUGCAAUUAUUCUUGUUGAAUGUUUUCCUCUACUCUUUUACCUCAUCAUUAAAACCUUGCUCUCAAAUUUCAACUACUCUAUAUUAUACACUUUGAUAACCUGAUUCCAGGAGAGGUAAAAGUUUGAGCAGCAAGAAAAAAAACAGGUUUACAAGGUUUUUCCAAAAAGAGAAGGAAAAAAGGUGCAAAAAAGGAAAAAAACGAAAAGAGAAAAAAAAGGUUAUGGAGAAUUCAAAAUUUGACCCUGAUCAUGCUCCAAUGGAUUCUAGAUGUAGCUUGGUCAAUUAUCUGGCAAGUGAAUCUGAAUCAGAAUCUGGUGAGAGGACCUACGAAAUUUUACUCUUACCUGAUCAAUCAAAAGCCAUUUCAUAUAACAGACUUGCCUCACCAACAUCAUCACCUCCACAUCAUUCAAGCAACUCGGGAAGCUUUACUUUGAUGGAUGAAGAUCAUAACAGUAAUGGUCAAACUGAUAACCUUUCUGCUAAUAAUAAUAGCAACGCUACUAAAUACUAUGAAUGCGAUAAGCAAUAUAAUCGAAGAAUAUCAUUAACUGAAAAUUUACUCAGUGGCCUUAGUCCAACUAGAACUGCCAUUAGUGGUAUUCCUGAGUUUGUUGAAACUUCCAUCGUUUUACGUAAAGAUAAGAGCAACGAGCUUGGAAUACGAAUCACUGGAGGUUCAGAUACAUACUUGGAGUCUAUAGUGGUUUGUGAGGUUGACCCCGAUGGAGCAGCCUACAAGGAUGGAAGACUCAGAAAGGGUGACCUUAUAUUGGCAGUUAAUGACAUAUCAUUUCGUGAAGUUUCAUACAAGGAUGCAUUGAGAGUCCUCAAGGAAGCCUCGAGUCCACUAAAAUUGCUGGUUCUUCGUGAAAACCCGCAAACACUUUUCACGACAUCACAAAGUCCAAGUAAAUUUAUCACAGUCCAACUGCGAAAGGCAAGCAUCAAAGAUAAACUUGGUCUGAGUUUUGUUCAACGAACAAAUGGACGUGGAGUUUUCAUAACUUAUGUUCAACCUGGGAGUAUAGCAGCUCGACAGGGACGUAAAAUAAUGCAAGGAGACCAAAUAUUGGAAAUUAAUGGACAAAACGUUCGUGAUAGUAAUCAAAAGGAUGUCGCUCAAAUGGUCAACAAUUUGGAUGGUGAAAUUGUCUUGCUUUUUGGCCGUAAUCAAUCUUUAUCCAAUGCCAUUCAAGAAUGGUGUCGAAAAAAGUCACAAAUCCAUUGGCGAACAAGAACUUCAACCUGGUCUGCUUAUGGAGGUAACAAGGAUAAAGUUCAAAAUCAAAGGCCGAGUUUGCCUGCAGCCAAAGAUCAACCCUACUUUUUGGCCAAAUAUUCACCUGACAAGGAAACAGUUACCACUGGGUUCACCUUUGGCUAUAUGCCUGGUACAUCGAAUGGGAUUGAAAAUGAAGAUCCCAAUAUGGUUAGUCGUUCAUCGAGUAUACGAAGUCGAACACGAUUGUCGAUUGUUGUCGAGGAUACUAAAGCUCGCCUUCAUCAAGAUUCAAUUGAUAGUUUGGACGAUUGUCAAAUAAUGGGAAACAAUCCUUUAUUACCUUCUAUCCAGGUUACAGAAUUUUGAAUUCUACUGAAAGGGUUUUGUGCUGACAUCUAUGAAAGGAUAGUCACAUUAUCAAUGAUACAUUCAAUGGAACCAAAUUUCGCUUCUUCUAUUGUAGAUUGAUCAAGGAUAUCUGAUUUAAAAUUCUUAAAAGUCGAGGGAGAAUUGCAAUAAUGUUAAUAUAAAUAUUCGUUGACAGUCCAUGUAUUUUUGUAAAUCUUGAAGCACUUUCGACUGAGCAAUAAAUCGUUGAAAACAAGAA